AUGGCUGAAAAUAUUUCAACUGAUGAGGUGGUGGUCCUGGGUGAUAUGCGUCAAACACAAUCUGUUCAGCCAAAGGUUACAAAAGAAAGAAAAAAAAGGUCUCGAGCAUGGAAUCAUUUUGGAUCAUUUGUUGAUGAAGAAGGAAAUAAGAAAUCAAAGUGUAAGCAUUGCGGUCAAGAUUAUUUUGUUGAUUCAGUUAAAAAUGAGACAAAGGCAAUGCUUACUCAUAUGUUAACAUGUACAAAGAUGCCUAAAAGCGUUGAUAAAAGUCAAACUCAAAUAGGCUUUCAAUCUGUUCAGGGAGGGAAUACGAGUGAUGUGGCUGUUGUUUCCUGGAAAUUUGAGCAAGAACAAUGUAGGAGAGCUUUAUGCCGCAUGGUAAUUGUGGAUGAACUACCUUUCAAGUUUGUCGAGAAGGAAGGUUCUAGAAACUUUAUGAAAGUAGCGCAACCUCAUUUUAAGAUUGCUUCUCGUACCACUGUGACACGUGAUUGUUUUAACCUUUUAGAUGAAGAGAAGCAAAAGUUGAAGAGAUUUUUCGGAGAAGCACGACAAAGAGUAUGUCUGACAACUGAUACUUGGACCUCUUUGCAACGGAUUAAUUAUAUGUUUAUCACUGCACAUUGGAUCAAUAAUGAAUGGAUUAUGCAUAAGAGGAUAAUCAACUUCUGUCCAAUUUCCAGCCAUAAAGGUGAAGAUAUGGCUAAUGAGAUUAUUAAGUGUUUGCGUGAUUGGGGCUUAGAUAAAACAUUUACAUCACAGUCGAUAAUGCUAGUUCGAAUGACGUGA